UUUCAGGCUUGCUAUAUAAAUGCUGAAGUUGGCCGAUUUCAAGUAUCAGUUAUCUAGCUGCUUCAAAACUACCAACAACUCCCCAACAUGAAGUUCUUCAUUCUCGCCGCCCUUAUUGCCAUCGCAUCUGCCAACUCCGGAUACCCGGCUCCAUCUUACCCAGCCCCUGGUUACCCUGCUCCAGCGUACAAACCCGAAUCUUACCCACCACAGCCGUACAGCUUUGCUUGGGAAGUGAAUGAUGCCCCAUCAUACAACAACUACGCCCAUUCCGAGAGCAGCGAUGGCAAGGUGACUACCGGAUCUUACCGUGUUGCCCUGCCCGAUGGCCGCACUCAGAUUGUAACCUACAAGGCUGACAGUUACGGAUACGUCGCUGACGUCAAAUACGAGGGACAGGCCAAAUACCCUGAAUACAAACCAGCUGCUGCUUAUCCUGCCCCAGCUUACAAAGCUCCAGCAUAUCCUGCUCCGGCUUACCCAGCUCCUGCCUACAAGGCCCCAGCUAAAUACUAAAAGACUAAAUGAAUUGCAAUUCGAUUUUCGAUAGAUGUAUUACUUUUUAUUCCCGUAUGGUUGUAAAUGAUGAAAUGAGUUAUUUUUGGUUGAACGAAAUAAAAUGUGUAUAAAAUUUA